AUGUCCGCCUCGCCCCAGCCCGCCCCGACACCCGCCCUCGCAGACCCGUCGGGCUCCCCCAUGCCCCCAUCCCAACUCGCGGACAUGCUCUCCAAAGCCUUCCGCGAAACAGAGGCCCUCAAGUCCGAGCUCAUGACGAUGACACGACGCGCAGAGAAAGCAGAACGCCUCCUCGCCGCCUUCCAAACCUCCGCCCAAACACCCCCCGCGUCCCCGCCCGCACAAGGCGCGCCCCAACCCCAGAUCUCGGACGCAGCCCGCAAAGCCAUCAUGGAGUGCGAGCAUCGCGCAGAGUGCGCCGAGCGCGCCCGCGACGAGGCCGACGCCCGCCUUCAGAUGAUCCGCGAAGCUUGGACCGCGCUCAACACGUUCUUCAGCCGCACCGAGAAAGAUAGCAUACAGGCUCGCAACUCCUUCGCGCUGGCCGUCGCCGAGGGAGGCGUCCAGGUCCUCCAGGUCAGCCAUAUCCCCACCCAACCCUCUCCCUCGUUCCACCAUGCGCUCCCGCCACCCGCCUCGUCCCACCCCUCCCACCGCGCCUCUGGCUCCUCUGCCCGUGCCACCGGCCGCGCGAGCAUCUCCUCGCAGCCCUUUCCGUCCGUCUCGCUCCCCCCACCCCCCAGCGCGACCGGCUCGCGUGUCCGCCCACGCUCCGGGAGCAUGGAAUACGCCGCGCCUUUGUCCGGCCCCGGCGCCCCUCCUCCCGCGAAACGCCCCCGCAGUGAACGUGAGGACGACCGAGGCCCCGCCCACGGUCAUUCCCUUUCUCCCUCUAACUCGCCACUCCCCGCCUACCCCAACGGACAUUCGACCGAUCGCUCCCCCCAACUCUCCGUCCGCCACGCGCCUCCCCAACCCGGCCUCCACCCCCACUACUCUUACCCCGGGCCCCACCCACAUGAUGAUAUCCGUUACGCUCACGGGGACCACCCUCAGCCUCGACGCCCGCGCUCCACUUCUCGUGGACGGUCCUCACGCAGCGGCUCGCGCGGGAGCUCCAUGAGCCUCGACGACAUGCUCAUCGACGCCGCGACCGCGGACGGGAUGCCCCCGCAGCAGCUGCAGGGCCCGCGCGGCCGCUCCUCGUCGCCCAGCCGCGCUGACUACCACAUGCGCGGGCGCGCGGCCAUCCACGUGCACUCUAGCCACCCGGGGAUGGCCUUGCAGGGCGGGUCGCUGUCGGGUCAGACGCAGACGACCCACAUCUUCAUGACUCCGCAAACCGGCCCGAGCGUCAAGAAGCCCAAGCUGGGCGUUUUGGCAAGCAACGGGAGCAUCAUGACGAUGGGUCCGAACGGGAGCAUCAUCUCGGGUCCGGCCACCAUCGGCGGCGGUGGAUUUCCAGCGACCAACGACCAGGGCCAACGCAUCUGCCGCCAGUGUGGACUCGCCGGCCGCUACAAGGACGGCAAGUGCGUCGAGAAGUGGGGCCCUGGUCCCGAGGGCCCCGGCACUGUCUGCGAUCGAUGCCGCAAGAAAAUGAAGCGCGUUGAACGUCGUGGGACGUUGGACUCGAUGAGUUUGAACGCCCACCUCCACAACCAGCCUUUGGCGAUCCACCCUUCGGGCGCUCCGCAGGCGGCCCCAGGCUCGUACACCAACGGGCGCAGCUCUCACUCGGGCUCGGACCGCUCCGUCCACCGAACCGACACUCUCCCCAUCCAUUCUUCUCACUCGUCGCGCGCCCCCGGCUUGAACGGGCUCUCCUCGAGCGCCGUCUACUCCCGGCAAGAUCGCGACCGGGACUACGACCGUGAGAACGGCGCGUCGCCGUACCACCGCUCGUCUCACCGUGGCCCUACCCCGCCCGGCAUCGCCACGCUCCCGCAGGACGACGAGUACGACCGCCGGCGCCACCCGUCCUCUGCCCACAAGCCGAACGGGUCGAUGAACGGCCACGCGCGGAGCUCGUCCAGCCGGUCUGCGACCCGCUCGCCGCGCCCGAAACCCGCCGCCGCGACGAAGAACACAGGUCGCGGCUCGUCGCGCGGCUCGAAGUCGUCCGCGUCCGACACGAUGGACGCGGACGCGGAGGGCGAGGACGCGGACGCUGAUGCGGACGCGGACGACGCCGAGGCGGAGGCGGACGAGGUGGUCGACGGCGAUGCGGACGCGGACGCGGAGUUUCUCCUCGCCGCGGACGCCACGGAGCGCAACACGUCGACGGACGAGGAGUGGCUGAAGAAGGAGGACGCAUGA